UUUAAGCCUUAAUGUAAGGAAGCUAAAGCCCCCCGAAUCCCCAAACUAAAAGCUGAAACAAACCAUUCUCUCCUAGUUACGUUGGAAGAGAUGUAUCUACGACAAAUCGCAGCAAAUGUUCUAAAGAGGGUCCGAAAUUCAACUCAAAGCAUCAAUCAUAGAAAAUCGAUUAAUUCAUUUUCCAAUUUGCUCUCCAGUAAAACAAGUUUUUCCUAUAAAUAUGGUUAUGGGAAGUCUAGUUCGAGGGUGAAUCAUAAAGAUCAUUAUCUGUGGAGUAUUAUAGUUGGACCAGCUGCGAUCAUUCUUGGGGAGAAUGACAACGCUGUCUUCGCUAGUGCAUCAAAUGACAGUGGUACUGAAACGGAAUCAGAAGGUACUAACACAAAUGGAUUACGCAAAAUUGAGGAUGGUUCUGUAAUUUCAAAUGAGCAUACUUCUAAAUGGAGAAUAUUUACUGAUAACGGGAGGGAAUACUUUGUGCAGGGAAAAUUGGAACAAGCUGAAAAGUUCUUCUUUUCUGCCCUAGAAGAAGCUAAAAAGGGUUUUGGUGAUAGGGAUCCUCAUGUUGCUUCUGCCUGCAACAAUUUGGCAGAGUUGUAUAGAGUCAAGAAGGCAUUUGGUGAAGCAGAACCUUUGUAUUUGGAGGCCAUCAACAUACUGGAGGAAUCGUUUGGUCCAGAGGAUAUACGUGUGGGGGCUGCAUAUCACAACCUUGGACAGUUUUAUCUUGUGCAGCGGAAACUAGAAGAAGCUCGUAAAUGCUACGAGGUUCCACACGCCUUUGCAAUAUGGAAUUUUCAGAUGCUUAAACGCCAGCAACAAUUACAUCAUGCUUUAAAGAUAAAGGGGCGUGUUCUGGGACUUGGCCACGCAGAUUAUGCAGAUACGAUGUAUCAUCUUGGAACAGUUCUAUACCUGCAAGGAAAAGAACAGGAUGCUGAAGUCCUUAUCCAGGAGUCUAUUCGAAUAUUAGAGGAAGCUGGCCAAGGGGAGUCAGGUAUAUGCACGAUGAGGUUGCGCAAUCUUGCUCAGAUGUAUCUAAAAUCCAAUAAUCUUGAAGAAGCCGAGAAAUUACAGAGAAAGAUCCUGCAUAUUAUGGAAGUAUCAAAGGGAUGGAAUUCAAUGGACACUGUAAUUGCAGCUGAAAGAUUAGCCUUAACUCUACAAUCAGCUGGGAGCUUAAAGGAAGCACAAGAGCUUCUUCAAAGGUGUCUUGAGACUCGGAAAACCUUACUUCCCGAUGAUCACAUUCAGAUUGGUGCUAACAUGCUUCACAUUGCGAGGGUGGCAAUGCUGAAUGCAAAUCGACUAAGAAGGAUUCAUGUUUCUGAAGCAAUUUCUGAGCUUGACAAGGCAAAAGAGCUUUUGUGCAAUUCAACAAGGAUAGCACAGCAAGUUUUAAAAAAAUUGAGAAACCAAUCAUGGAGCAGGCAGAAGGCUGAGGUAUCUGAAGAAACUAGGAGGCAUGGACGUGCAGCAUUGGUCAUAUUGAUGCAAUCACUUGAGACUGUUGGGCUUGUGGAGCUUGCAAAACAAGAGCUACAGGAGUCAAUGCAAGAGCAUCCAUCUACUGUUGAGACUGCUAGUGCACUUUUUCAAUGCAUUUCUGCUUACAAAGAGUUUGAAUCUGAGAGGUCAAUUUCUGAUUCACCUGAAGUAAAGGUGGAGUAUCUUUCAUGUUUGAAGCAUCUCUUGAGCUUGAUUAGUGAUAAAGCUAUCAGAGAGACGCAACUCUCUGGAAAAGUUACCUCGCAAGAGCUCAAUGAUGAAAUAAAGCGCAUUGAAGGUGAAAUAUCAAAUUAUAGAAAACGUAAAACUCUAAGGUAGCAAUCCUUGAUUGCGCUGUACACUAUCAAGAAAAUAUUCAUCUACUUUUAGUAGAAGGGAAAUAAGUAUACAGGCUCCGUUUGGGAUUGAGUUUGAACCUUGUCAAAUUACAUUUUGCUUUUCUGUUACUCAUUAUAUAUUUUUUGUUUUUUUUGUAUUUUCCUGAACUGAAUUAGGAAAACUUUGACUUAAAUCUAGCUUUUACCAAACCGUAGUUCAUAAAGUUUUAAAUAUUACGAAUGCAGCUUACCAAACGUAAUUUAAA